GGAUUAGGAAAAUGGAAAAGACGGCCAGAAGAAACGGCGUCGUCUCCGGCAUAUGACAGAAAUGAGAGAAGAAACUGGGUAGAAUCUCUCGUCAAGACUCAAAACUCCAAACCUCAUCCCCCCCCUAUUGCUUUGUACCUAAAAUUAGAUUUGUCUCUCUCCCACAGAAGCCAAACCCUAACAAAGAUUUUCCUAUUUUUCUUCACUACAAGAUGCUUUGAUCGACAUACCACGCGCGGUGGAUCCGAUUCUCGAGAUCUUCUGCUGAUUAAUCCUGUUUGAAGUUGGGCAAGCAUAUUAAAUGGAUGAUGAUUGAACAGAUGGAUAAAAUGUCUGCUCCUUCAUCUAGGGAGCGUGUCCAACGCCUUUAUGAGAAGAACAUAGAGCUUGAGAAUAGGCGUCGGAGGUCAGCCCAGGCACGCAUCCCAUCUGAUCCAAACGCUUGGCAACAGAUGCGUGAGAAUUAUGAAGCGAUACUUCUUGAGGAUCAUGCUUUCUCUGAGCAGCACAGCAUUGAAUAUGCUCUAUGGCAGUUACAUUACAGGCGAAUUGAGGAGUUGAGAGGACAUUUCAGUGCUGCUCUAACGUCUGUAGGCCCAAACGCAUCUCAAGGUGUGAAAGGCCCUGCUCGACCUGAUCGAAUUACAAAAAUAAGACUCCAAUUUAAAAAUUUUCUUUCAGAAGCAACUGGGUUUUACCAUGAGUUCAUAUUAAAAAUCCGAGCUAAGUAUGGCCUUCCACUGGGUUAUUUCUCUGAGGAUUCAGAUAAUCGAAUUAUUACAGAGAAAGAUGGGAAGAAAUCUGCUGAAAUGAAAAAAGGUCUGAUAUCUUGUCAUCGUUGUUUGAUAUACUUGGGUGACCUUGCUCGUUAUAAAGGAUUAUAUGGGGAGGGUGAUUCCAAAAGCCGGGAGUAUACGGCAGCGUCAAGUUACUACUUGCAAGCUGCAUCUCUUUGGCCAUCAAGUGGGAAUCCCCAUCAUCAGCUUGCUAUCUUGGCUUCAUAUUCGGGGGAUGAGCUGGUGGCUGUGUAUCGAUAUUUUCGGAGUCUGGCAGUAGAUAGUCCCUUUUCAACCGCGAGGGAUAAUUUGAUUGUUGCAUUUGAGAAGAAUCGGCAAAGUUACUCUCAACUACCAGAGGAUGUAAAAGCUUCUGCAAUCAAGGAGUCACCUGUGCGAAUGACUGGCAAGGUAAGAGGGAAAGGGGAUGUGAAACCUGCACCAAAAGAUACCAACUCAGAAGGCAGCCAGGUAAAGGAGAGAACAUCCACCGUGCCUGAGACAUAUAAAUCCUUUUGUAUUCGAUUUGUUCGUCUAAACGGCAUUCUUUUCACACGUACAAGCCUGGAGACAUUUGCAGAAGUUCUCUAUUUGGUCAGCAGUGGUUUACGUGAGCUCCUGUCUUCUGGGCCACAGGAAGAGCUGAAUUUUGGUGCUGAUGCUCUUGAGAAUGGACUUCUCAUUGUUAGACUUGUCUCCAUUCUUGUAUACACAGUUCAUAAUGUGAGAAGGGAGACUGAAGGUCAGACAUAUUCAGAAAUUGUACAGCGUGCUGUUCUACUUCAGAAUGCAUUUAAUGCAGUUUUUGAGUUGAUGGGACACAUAUUGGAGAGAUGUGUGCAUCUGCAUGAUCCUUCUUCAAGUUAUCUCUUACCUGGAAUUCUGGUAUUUGUUGAAUGGUUGGCAUGUUUCCCAGAUGUUUUGACGGGCAAUGAUACAGAUGAAAAACAGGAAACUGUUAGAUCAAGAUUUUGGAACAAUUGCAUAUCUUUCUUGAAUAAGCUCUUGUUGAAUGAGCCGAUGUCCAUUGAUGAUGAUGAUGGUGUGACUUGCUUUAAUAACAUAAGCAGGUAUGAAGAAGGUGACACUGAGAACCGACUUGCUUUGUGGGAGGACUUUGAGUUAAGAGGAUUCUUGCCGCUACUUCCUGCACAAACCAUUUUGGAUUUUUCGAGGAAGCACUCCUUUGGAGGUGAUGGCAAUAAGGAAAAAAAGGCCCGUGUUAGAAGGAUUCUAGCAGCGGGGAAAGCUCUAGCAAAUGUUGUUAGAGUCAAUCAAGAACCAAUGCGUUUUGAUUCGAAGGUCAAGAAAUUUGUUAUCAGUGUUGAGCCCCAAAUCUCAGAUGAUUGCAUGUUUGCUACGACCUAUGCAAGCAUGCCUCCCACAGAUGGUAUAAUGUAUGAAAAACAGACUGAGAAAACAAAACAUUUGGACGUUCUACAGCCAAAUCCUGUGCUACACAUGGGAGGGGAAGAGGAUGAUGAAGUAAUAGUUUUUAAGCCUACAGUGGCUGAGAGGCGAACUGAUGUGAUUGGUUUGGAAUGGGCCCCGUAUGAGGGCCUGGAGCCUGGUCUAAAUGCUUCUGCAGGUGUGAAAUUUCUUGGCAGUUCUGUUUCAGCCCCUCUAGGUAAUCUCCGGCAGCAGAUUGCUCUUGAGGUGGGUUCACAAGUGCCUGCAUCUGUUGGUAAUAUGGUUCCCCCGCAUCUCCAACCGAUUCAAUCUUAUGCUUCAAAGUGGUCAAUGGAAGAGGAAGCUCUUCUUGCUAACAGCUUGAAAGGUCUAAGGUUUCUGGAGAAUGGAAAUCUAAUGAAAUCUGAGCAUCAAGAUAUUGGCAUAUUUACUCCUGUCCUUUCAGCUUCCAUCCAGCAAGCUGUCAGUGCUACUGGCGGUAUGCCAUACAGUCACACAAAAGCUCCGGAAGCUGGGAUAUCCAAAAUGGAUGCUUUUGCAUAUUCUGGGGCUAUUUCUGAUAACUUUGCUUUGAAAACAUCAUCAGCAUUGCCUGCAGGUAUGAAAAAAAGUCCAGUUAGUCGGCCUGUUAGGCACCUUGGGCCUCCACCUGGUUUUAGCCCUGUUUACUCUAAACAAGUGAAUGAGCCUGCGUCUAGUUCAGAAUUAGCGAGUGAGAUUCCAAUAAUGGAUGAUUAUAGCUGGUUGGAUGGAUAUCAGUUGCCAUCAUCAACCAAAGGCGGUGGGACAAAUGGUUCCAUGAAUUACCCAUCCUAUUCAAACCCCCAACACAUUGGUAUCAGCAAUGGCUCAAGUGGGACUGUCAGCUUUCCAUUUCCUGGAAAACAAGUUCCAACUAUGCCAUUCCCAGUGGAAAGACAAAAAGGCUGGCAAGAAGACCAGACACUUGAACAUCCAAAUCAAUACCAUGAACAGCAGUUACAGCAACAGCAUCAACUCAUCAAUGGAAAUCAGCACUUUAUUCCACUGCCUGAGCAGUAUCAAGGACAGUCCCUCUGGACAGGUCGUUCCUUCGUGUGAUGUCUGCACGAGCGUAUAUGCGGUCCUUGGGAAUGAUUCUGGUGAAUGUACUGCAUCCUUUUGCUACCAAAUUUAAACUCCAACUUUGUAGCCUUGUCAAUGUUGAAUUAGUGUUGGAGCCUGGGUGGCAUUGGCUUUAUUGCAGGCGCUUGCUACUACACGAAUUUGGUCAAGCACACCAGCCUGGAGGAAGAGAAAUAUGGAAACAUCUUCUAUGAUUUGAAGUUCGUGAGAAGUAAAUGCCUUGUCUGGCUACAUGGGAUGGGUAAAACGUGUUAAUAAGAUCAUCUGUUGGUUUUGGGCCUUAUGUCUUAGACAAUUGGUGGAAUAAAGAUGUGCUCCCCCAUUUAACUCAACUGUUAGAGAGUCUAGCUGUCGAAAUUGCUGAUAUGGUCUUAGAGGCUGGUGGCAGAUAAAAUUAUAUAAUGCUACUCGACGAGUUCUUUGCUACGAAGCUGAGAGGAGCUCCAGUUGGGAAGGUCGCUGGUUGUGAUCUGGGGUAUCAGCAAGUUGGACAGUGUGAUAUGAUAUAAAGACAUCGUGAAGAUAGUAUUUGGGGGUGUGAGUACAAGUGUAGGGUCGUUGCCUCUGGAUCAAAGACUUUUGUUAUGUUUUUAUUAUGCUCUCUUUUGAGUUAUUAUUAGAAUGCAUGGGCGAGUAUGUGAUAGGCAAUAUGCAAUAGCAUUUUGGUUCUGAAAAGUCGGGCUCGACUCGAACUUUUUUAUGAUGAAAUAAUCUGUGGAAUAUACACAUACUAUGUUGGAUUUCGGAUUUGGCUUAUUUAUCUCUAGUUUCAAUUGCCUCAAUUUCUAAGAAA